CGGAUGUUAAGUGCUGUGAAUUUGGACGGUCUAGCCUUCAUAAUUCCCGCCGUUAAUCAGCUAAUGCCCUGUAGCCUAGCUUGAAAUCGUGAGUUCACCGCGUGUUGGGAAGCAUGGAGAUCAAAAUUAUUCAGUCAUAUCUCCUUCAACUUCUGCUUUUGAAGGAGUUGGAGCAAAUGUAUCGCCGUCGAAGAUAUUUGCUCUUUUUCCGGCUCAGACAAAACGAUGCGCAGACUACACCACUCUACUGCAACAUUAACUUGAGUCUCCCAGUCCUGGACCGUUUUUUCAAAAAUGAAGAUCCAAAACCAGACUUCCGGCUGAGCAGGAACUCUCCUGCAGUCCUCCUGAACCUCCUUGAUCAGGAUCGGCGCCAUGGAUGGGGUGCUGUGAUCGAGACCCUGGUUUUUAUUUUCUGGUUGGCGAGCGGAGCAUCCUACAGGGUGGUCUCAGGAGUGUUUGGGAUCUCUCGUUCCACUGUCCACUGCAUCGUCCACAGACUCACUGAGGAGGUGUUGGCCAUUCACCAUAAGGUCAUUCACCUUCCAAAACCCCCUGAGGACCUGGAGGUGGUGUCCCGUGGGUUUGCAGGGCUGGCACGGCACAGAGCUUUCCUCAAAGCUGCAGGUUCCAUCGACGGAUGCCAUAUAAGGUCAAACCUCCUAGCGGCCCUGAUGGCCACUGCUACAGAAACAGAAAACUGUUCCCCUCCAUCAUCCUGCAGGCUGUGUGUGACCAUCGGGGCUGCUUCAUUGACACCUAUGUGGGCUGGCCUGGGUCGGUGCAUGACUCCAGGGUGCUCCGCCACAGUCCACUAUACAGGCAGACGAGGUCUACCCUCCUCCAGGGCACUUCAUCCUAGCAGAUGGUGGAUACCCGUGUCUCCAACGCCCACUCCCCCUCAUCACUCUCCACAAGCUUGUGAACGAAGGUGUUGCAGCCCAGUGCUUCAACAGUCAUCAUUCCAAAAGCGCCCUCGAUUAUAGAGCGUGCUUUUGGAAUGAUGAAGACAAGAUUCAGAGGCAUCUUCCUGCAAGUGCUGGAGGUUCAUCACACCUUUGUACCUCAUGUUGUCACAGCUUGCGCCAUCCUCCAUAACAUCUGCCUUUGUGCUGGUGACACUGUGGCACUAGAGGGUGAGGUGGAGGAAGAUGUGGGAGAUGAUGAGGGGGAGCCUGGUUUGGAGGCCAGCAGUGGUGCUCUCUGGCAGGACCAACAGUCUGCUGAGGUUACUGCCCUGGAGGAGGUACCACCAGACCACGAUUACUGUUAACAGGUAAUUAAAGAAGAAAGUUAUUUAUUAAAAGUUUUUUUUUAAUUAGUUUUUUUGUUUGUUCUACAAAAGUAUUAAGAUUGCUCAUGUAUUAUCUCAUAUUUAUGUAUUAAUUAGGGCUGUCAGAUUUGUCGCGUUAAUUUGACAUGUACAUGACGGCGACAAUUUUUUUGACACAUUAAUCGCGUAUUUUCUCAUACAUGCCUUUCCA